AUGGCAUCAUUCUUCUCCUUUUCGUCGCCAGUCGACGUUGACGUGCGUCUGGACGGCGAAGAUGCUCGCAAGCAGGUCGAGAUCAAGAUGGACAAGGCGGGUAAGGAAAAGUGCCCCAUCUACUUUGAUGGCGAGAGCGUCAAGGGAUCGGUAUCUGUACGAGUAAGAGACGGCAAGAAGCUCGUACAUGAAGGCAUCAAGAUCGAGUUUGUUGGCAGUAUAGAGAUGUUCUACGACCGCGGCAACCACUACGAAUUCCUCUCGCUUGUCCAGGAGCUCGCAUCACCGGGCGAGAUGAGAGCCGCACAAAACUUUGACUUCGAGUUCAAGAACGUCGAAAAGCAGUACGAGAGCUACAAUGGCAUCAAUGUCAAGUUGAGGUAUUACAUCCGAGUAACGAUAUCGAGACGGUUGACGGAUGUGGUCAAGGAACGCGACAUCUGGGUGCACUCGUAUCGCAUGCCGCCAGACUCGAACAACGCCAUCAAGAUGGAAGUGGGCAUCGAGGAUUGUCUGCACAUUGAGUUCGAGUAUAACAAGUCCAAAUACCACCUGAAAGACGUGAUCGUUGGCAAAAUUUACUUCCUGCUCGUGCGCAUCAAGAUCAAACACAUGGAGCUCUCGAUCAUUCGGCGCGAAACCACGGGCGCGGCGCCCAACCAGUACAACGAGUCGGAAACCAUCACCAAGUUCGAGAUCAUGGACGGCGCGCCCGUCCGCGGCGAGACCAUCCCCAUCCGGCUGUUCCUGGGCGGCUUUGAGCUGACGCCGACGUUCCGGGAUGUCAACAAGAAGUUCAGCACGCGGUACUACCUGAAUCUGGUGCUCAUCGACGAGGAGAACAGGCGGUACUUCAAGCAGCAGGAGAUCACGGUGUUCAGGAUCCCGGAGAACUGA